CACCCCACCUCCCCUCGUAGAAUAGAGAAAGACAGAGAGAUAGCUAAUAUUGUAGGCUUCAACAAUCAACGAAGAAAUAUGGCACAACUUAUCAACCUCACAAUUCUAGUGAUGCUUCUCUUGUCUCUCUUCUCAAUUCAUGUUGUAGCUGAGCCAUCCUUCAACAAACCUCGUCGUGGGUACAAUCCUCAAACAAUCGCUUAUAUAAAAGCCUCUUGUCAAACCACUAUGUACCCAAAUCUGUGCCUUCGCUGCUUAUAUAAAUUUGCCAAUUCAAAUAUUCAAAGCCCACAACACUUGACUCAUGUGGCUCUAUCUGUGAGUCUCUCACGAGCACUACACACAAGAGAUUACUUGCUGCGAGUCGCCAAACAAUUCAAGGCAAUCAAGAAUAGUAACAAUAGUAGAGACUAUGUAGUUCUGCAAGAUUGCUUGAAGCAAAUCGAUGAUAGUGUGGACCAGCUUGGACUUUCAAUAAAAGAGCUUGGGCGGUUGAAAAAGAUCCCAAACACUUUUAUCAAUGAUGGUGUCUUGUGGCAUAUAAGUAACGUUGAGACGUGGGUAAGCACUGCCCUUACUGAUGCGAGCACUUGUGUCGAUUACUUCCCAGGUCAUAGGAUGAGUAAGAUGAAGGCUACAAUAAGGGGUAAAGUUUUGAACGUUGCACAAGUCACUAGCAAUGCACUUGCUUUAUUUCAGAGAUAUGCAACCAAGUACCGAGAAGCAGCCGCCGCCGCAGCCAAAAGACCCUAA